UCUUUCUUUCUUGUAAAUAUGAUUAUUUUUUCUUCAAAAGAUCAUUGAGCAGAUGUCGCACCUACAAUGAUGCUCUUCCACCACCAGUUGAUAGGUGGCGUACCCAGACAUUUUGUCAGAAGCAAAACAUGGCGGCCUCCGGUUGAAAACUGGGUGACUGAGAAUCUCAUGAUUUUGACGCUUUUUUUUCUGUCCUGAAACCUCUGUGUUACGUACAAUAAUCCACGUCGCCCUGGCAUGAAUGAAGAUGUCUGUGGAACAGACAGAAGGGGACCUGAAGAUCGCUAGGAGUCAGCUGAGACAGCGCGACUCCCGUACGGUGGAUGCUUUGGUUCAUGAGCAAUGGCUGUCCACUGUCAUCAAACAGAGGUGCCUGCCCAGAAAAUGUGUCCAGCCUCAGCACCUGUCCAAGACAGAACAGGCACUUUUGCUGCAGCCAUCCACAAAGAAGAUACCAACGCAGUGGAGACGUAUCACCAUAUCCACCAUAGAAAAGAUAGCAGAGCCAGAAAGAGUGUCAGUGGUGGACCCCCUGUGGGAUGUGAUCCGCCCCUCCCAGGGCUUCAGUCAGACCAUGCAGUAUGUGAGCGCCCAGCAGUACAGGGACAUGUGGCAGCAGGCCUGUCACAAGUACAGCACCAGUACACCCCGACUGGAGGGACUGACACUCACCGCUCAGGAAUUUAACGAGGAGACUCGAGGACUGUUGGAACAGCUGUACUGCUGCCCAGUGGUCAGCACAGAUAAGGAUAGCGAUCGAGACCAGGAGAGGGAAGCCGACACAGCUGCUGCCAGGUGCUCCAACCUGCAGGUGGUCCUGUGCCUGCUGGAGUCUCCCACAGCCUUCUACCUGAUCCAGCCCUACCUGGAACACACCGUAGCUGACUGUGUCGUCUUCAGCCCUGCCAUGUUUGCCAACUCGUAUGCCAAACAGCUGUUUGUGCUGUACCAGAUCCUUCAUGCUGUCCUCAGCUGUCACGACCUUGGUGUCUCCUGUGGUGAGCUGUCUCUUUGUGACCUUGUUCUAGAUGGAAAGCUGUGGGUUCGCCUAAAAGCGCCAGACUGCAGGAGAAGGAUAGCAAAGGCAGGCAAUGUCACAAAAAAUCACGUAACAAACUCCUGUGGGACAGACAGGGACCAAAAGAUUCAGGACACAGAGCUGAAGAGGCUAACACACCUGUGGGUUCACCGGCAGAUGUCCAACUUUGACUACCUCAUGGUUCUGAACCGGUUUGCCGGGCGUAGGAUGUGCGAUCCAAACCACCAUCCGGUCCUGCCGUGGAUCAUGGACUUCACCCAACCCCAGGGCGGCUGGAGGGACCUCACCAGGUCAAAGUUCAGACUGAACAAGGGUGACCAUCAGUUGGACCUCAUGUACGAGUCUGACAAUAUCUUGUCGUCCAUUGGUCAGGGCACGGACACGUCCCAUGCACACGUCCCACACCACAUCACAGACGUCCUCUCGGACAUCACGUACUACGUCUACAAGGCGCGGAGGAUGCCCAAGACCGUGUUAUGUACCAACGUGAGAAGCAACUGGGUCCCUGAGGAGUACCCAAACAGCAUGCAGAGGAUAUACGAGUGGUCGCCCGAUGAGUCCAUACCAGAGUUUUUCUCUGAUCCGACCAUCUUUCAGUCUCUCCACGCAGACCUGCCUGACUUAGAGGUUCCAUCCUGGUGCAGCUCACCACUGGACUUUGUAGAGAAGCACCGUGCAGCACUGGAGAGUGACUUCAUCUCACAGAGGAUCCACCAUUGGAUAGACCUCACCUUUGGGUACAAGCUGUCCGGUAAAGAUGCAGUGAAGGCCAAGAACGUGUGCUUCCACCUGGUGGAUAACCACACGCGACCGGUGAACCACGGCAUGGUGCAGCUGUUCCACACGCCUCACCCGCUCAGGAAGUGUGGCGCCAACUCCUUCACCUGGGAGCCGCCACCGGUACUGCAGCUGGGCGGCGCAAACGGCAGAAGCACGGAAGUGGAACAGGCAAAGAUGGUGAUGGAAGAAGAUGGAGACAGUUUGGCGGAGAGCGGGAGGUUUGAAGUCGUAGAACCAGACGUGUUUUACCCCGACACUGACGCUACAGCACUACCCGGAGAUGGUUUCUAUGGCAACCAAGAGGCAGACAAACAAACAGAUGGCUACGUGGCGUUGAAGUCAGCAUUACAGGUGUUUGGUGAGACCAUGGAGAAAACUGGAAGUCCUGGAACUGAGGAGCCUGGUGCUCUGGAGAAAGACAAGAAGAGUGGGAGGGGGAGACCUUUCUUCAGCAGAACUAGAACAGAAACUGAGAGAACCAAGUCUGAGACCAGACCGGAGGAGUCCCCCAUCAGGCUACCCGAGGGGUUCAACCCACUGGCCGCUCUCAUCCAGGUGGAGAGUGAACUCAAGUUCAUGGCCAGGGGAGCUCAACAUGUCGGGCAGGUGAAGAGCAGUGACACGUCCGUGGCAGGUGAGGGGGAAGAUGAAACAACGCAUCUCCUGAGUCAGGACAUCACAGCUGUGGGCUGUCUGGUGGCAGAACUCAUGUUGGGCAGCAGGCUGGGGGUGCUCAGCCCUCAGGCCACCCUACAGGAGAGAGUCAACAAUAUCAAGAGACAUGUUCUAGAGUUACCUCGGCCUAUUCAAGAAGCGGUGGAGACGAUCCUUCAGCUGGACUUGAAGGAGCAGCCAUCUUCAGUAGUAGAUGACUUGUGUGCCGGUGACACGACCACUUCAGCUGGCCUGCCAACUGCCACGCUGGGCUCCCUGCUCAACCCCCACACCAGUCCCUUCCCAUUCCCUCCAUACUUUCCCAAACUGCACCAGUAUCUGUCUCAACAUGUUCAACAGGAAAGGUCUACUGAACAGGUCCGUCUCGUCACCAAGUGGCUUCCAGAUCUCCUACCUGAACUGAACCAUGAAGGUUUAGACCUACUGCUGCCUUACGUGGUGUCCUUACUUGAAAGCCCUAAAUCAGGCGCAGAAGCCACCAUUUGUAUCUUCGAUAUUUUUGCACAGUAUUUAGGACCGGCCAUGACAAGCCGCAAGCUUCUUAGGCCGUUAACGAAUCUCAUGGACCACGGGAACGUCUCCUUGAGUUAUGUCAAACUUUUCCACCGGCCAUUCCUGCUACAGCUACUAGUUAGAUUUGGUCUCCAGACGUUUCUAGGACAGAUCGUUGGACUGAUCGUUGAAGCCACGGCCGAUCUCAGAGAUCCGUUGGUAGAGCUGCACGCUAUUGGCCGACUCUCGCCUCCAGAGGUCAACGACGAGGAUGUGGACCUGGGCAUGGACGCGCUUCAGCCGUCGUACGAGGAAGAAGACCAGGGAGACCCUCUGGUGUUUGACAACAUCGUCACAGAGACUGGGAUGUCCUUUGGCAACGUUACAAGCAGGUCUUGCACAGACACUACGGAUAAUAGCUUUUCCCUAGAGAGAUAUCGGCAAAAUACAGAAAGAGUCAUAAGCGAAGGUGACAGCCAGUCACUCAACGAAGAGGGCUCCACAUUUUCAGGAGACAUCCUAUUGGACGGCACCAGCAGUGACGUAGACAGAGAUGACGAGGAGACAGAAGAUUCCACGUCGGAAAGAAUUUCCUUCGUGGAUUGUGGAACUGAUGAAGACUCCCUGCAAGACUUUGCUAGAUCAGUGCCGACGACAACGAAUUUAGAGAUGGCCGAGUCAUCUUUGCAUGGAGCAGAGCAAGGCACAAGUAAAGAGAGCUUUCCUAUCGGGAGCCCGGGUGGGGCUUCGGUCCACAGUGUGUCCAGACUUGUGGUGAACAAUGGACAGGGCAGUGAGGAUGAUGAUGAUGAAGAAGAACAGAGGAGUAGUGAGGCAGAGGAUCCGGGGGAUGAGACAGGACAGAGUGGGACAGAUGGCAGGGACGCUGUCUACAGCAGCAUGGUUACAUCUACUGAAAGUGGCAGGCAAGAUGUGGAUCUAAAUUCGAGCAUCCUGGAGGAGUUUGAAGAAGGUUUAACAGUGGCUGACGUCGCAGCAGACAGCAUCAUGUGGCUGGCAGACCGGCUGGGACCGGCCCUGACUGGUCGCUACCUGGCAAAGAACCUGCUGAAGCUGUUGAACAAUUGUUACCAGGGACCUGAACAACAGUGUCUGGUGGAGGAGGAAGGGGAACAAGCCACAGUGUCCAGCAGAACUGUAGUUGGAGACCGCCACUCGCGGCUGGUGCUUAAGUGCCUGACAGACAUAGUGGUGAUGUAUGGAGAGUCAGUCAUCACCUCCCAGUACAUCCCACACAUCACCUUCAUGGUGUCAUCUGGACGCAGUCGGCUGAACAGUAAGAUGGAGGCAGGACUGAUUGGAGCCAUGGUGCUGCUGAGGCACGUGGUACCGUUCAUGUCAGACACAACCAUCAUGGACAACCUCAAGAUGUUGGAGCGGGAUAUCCUGAAGCCCCUGAUCAUGCUGGUGUCCAACCCGUGUGUGACGUUCCCCGGCAGCGGGCAGGCUCGCGCCGUGGUCUGCUACAAACUGGUGGACGCCAUGGUGCUCAUCACCCUGCGCAUCGGCCGGGAGAUGGCGCGGGAAGAACUCAACAACCUGCUCCGACAGUUCUUCUCAUGUUUUGACCUCGUCCACGGGGAAGGGAAUAUGGUGGAAGAGAACACUGCCACGCCCAAGGCCUCCUCCUUCAGUCUCUCCGACUCCAUGGAGUUUGUGGAGAUUAAGAUGGACGCCAACACAAACACCUACAGGAUCGGAACCCCCAUCCGUAUCAACAGUGUCAGCCCACUGUCAUCAGAUCCAAGAUCCAGGAGCAGCAGAGUUAAACUUAACGCUUCUCCUGUUAUGCCCAAUGGUCUGUAUGACGGGGAGGUGACCAGUUCCCAGAAGGAGGCUGGUAUGGAAGACUUAAGGAUAGUGUUCACACCAGCCCUGGCACACGCAGCAUUUAUUCCUCUCUGUAGACUGACAGGCAGUAUCCACAUGGAGAGGGUCCUGAAGAAUCAUGACCUUAUAUGGAAGCUGUCCAGCACGUACGAGACAGCGCUGUCCACGCACAACCUGGGAGGACAGCAGGGUCCGGACGUGCUGUCCGACAACGACGAGGAGACACCAUCCUCGGAGAACAAAACGGCAUGGUUUGUGGACAUGGGUGCGAAACCUAGUUCCCAGGAGAGGAGUGAGGACCUGCAGGGUUUCGGCUAUAAUGUCCAGAUGGUCGGCAACAGGAUUGAGCUGAAGUCUGACCCCGCUCCGCAGCCCGCAGCUGUCGUGCCCAAACCCGCCAUCCAGCUGAAACACUUUGCGGAGGGGCCGCCCGUCAUGGACGAGACCAUCUGUCCGAGUCGCGUGGACCUGCCCAGGAGUGACCGCCACCUGAGGGGCAACUGGCAGGCCUACUGGGACUAUGAAAUAGGGCUGGGAGAAAGAGACAAUGUGUUUCACUUCAAUCAAAUCAAGUUACAGACAUUUCAUGGACACAGUAACAGUGUCAGGUCCCUUCACAUCAUGGACAUGGAGAAUGCCUUCAUGAGCGCAAGCAAGGACAAAACGGUCAAGUUGUGGUCCAUCCGUAACCAUGGUGAUGGCUACAGCAGGACGGGGUGUCGGUGGACGUACACACAGCACAGGAAGAGUGUGUUCCAUGUGGGCAUGGUGGAGGCUCUCCGACUGGCAGCAUCCUGUGAUAGUAAUGUUCAUCUGUGGGACCCUUUUGUAGGAGCGAUGGUACGAGUGUUUGACUGCUCCAGGAACCCCAUCAGUGUCCUGUCCUGUCUCCCCCCUCCCCACACAGCCAUGAUAGCUGCUACAGCAGAGGCUACACUCAGAUUUAUUGAUGGCAGAACAGCCAACUUUCAGCAUGAAUUCCGAGUCACAGGAGGACAGUCAAUGGGUCUGAUCCGGUGCCUGUGUGUGAGUCCAUCAGGCACGUGGGUAGCCGUGGGUUUCUCCUCGGGCGUUGUGUCUGCCCUGGACAUCAGGACAGGCACCAUCAUCAAGAUGUGGCGUGCACACGAGGGAGAGAUCCUACAGAUGAAACCCUAUGACAACAACAGCUUCAUCUCCUCCUCAGUGGACCACAAUAUUGUUCUUUGGCGAGGAUUUGAUGGCAAAGCCACAUGCUUGUUUAAAGGCCACAGUGAGCCAGCACAUGCUCUGUGUCUGUACAACAACCAGGUGAUUUCUGCCACAGCCUCCAACAAGAUUGGCAUUCACAGUGCCUUGAACAGUAAGGCCUCCUUCACUCUGACCAAACUCCGCUCAGACGCCUUCAAGGGCAUGAUGACAGCAGCCGCCGUGCUUCCUCUCAACCGACUUCUUCUCCUUGCCUCCGACAGCGGCAGUAUUCGCCUACUUGCAUAGGGGAACUAGCACAAUAUCCAUUCCAUUUAGAAAUAUCCAAGCUGUUGUUAAUGUCCAGGCAGAUCUUUUGGUAGCCUAAAGGCAAUAUUAAACAUCGAAAAUUCAUUUUUUAACCUUAAGGGCUGUGAGCUUUUAUAACUACAUUUUCUAGACAUUUACACAUAUAAAAGCUGUUAGGUAGGGAAAGAGAGGGUAACUUGGCAUCUUGCAUAUUAUUGAAUUAUAAACUGUGCAUUAAUAAGAUUGAUGUAACAAAAUUAUCAAAAUAUGACAAUGAUAUAAGUGCAACAGACAACAUUAUCAGAAACAACAUAAACAGUGUUUGAAUAGGUAGUUAUCUAGGCUAUUUACAUUAAUGUUUUUCUUCAAGAUACAGUUUUUCUAGCAUGACUUUCAGGUGCAUUACAUCCCCUUUCCAUUAGAGGCAGUGGGCACUGAGUGACCAAAAAUUUGACAUCGCUCAACAAAUUUCAUACAUAAAAACAUUGUCAUCAUGUGUGUUUUGUUGUCAGGGACUCUUUUAAAUCAUAUUUAAACAUUGUGUAUCAUAUUUCAGUCAUAAGAUCAAGAGAUACACAAAUCCAACUUUGGUCACUCAGCAAUUACUGUCUAGUGGAAACUGGUUCUUAGUCAUCAGCAGUAUAACGUUACAUACCUACAACCUAGCAAUGUGCAUUCUGAAUGGAGAAGUUACAGGUGUGUUAGUACAUGUUUUGAUAGUGACCAAAACAAAGUUUAUUGCAUAACCCACUGUGAUGUUUCAGGUAUGCAAGUACAUGUACAUUAAUUAAUCCUUGCUUCCAAUAUAAGAAUGAAUUUCUACACACUAGUUAGGUUAUUGAUAUAAUAGGUUGAUUAAUCUCCAUAUCUAGUAAUUGUCAUAAAAUGCCAGUAAAUUUACAAUUUGGCAUGUUAUUUGCCUGUCAAGUUACUUUGGCCAGUUCAGUUUUAGUGAAAUUUCACAUAUAUGAUCAGUCCAACAACAGCUAUAAAAACUGAUCUGAUAUGUUUUGAUAUAUCUUUAAGAUACAUACCAGGCUUUUCAAAUGAUGCUGUUGUCAUGAUAUUACAUGUAUAUGUGACAAACAAGAGUUGAGAAUGCUAUGUUAUGCUGCAGAUCAUGUACCUUUAGAGGGUGAAGGUACACAGAGUUUAGUGAUAAAGUAAUUAAUGUCAGGCAAUGCAAUCUGAUUCAUGUGCAACAAAGUCAAACUAUUUGCUUGUACGUGUAGUUUAAUUGGAAUUUGGCAGUGCCAAAUAUAUACGAUCAUGUGCUGCUGGAAAUAGAAUGCAAAACAAAAAAAUGCAAUUGUUUUAAGCAAAUGUUUUGUUAUGUUUAAUUCUAGAUGAAAGAAAUCAUGGCAAGUUUGUGUCAAACUGUCAGUUGAUCGGUGCUGAAUGCUACAUUAUGUAUUUAUCUGUGUCAAACAGGAGACCUUGUGUAUCUGUGGAAAAAGGUAUUCGGUGAACAAUAUUACAGAGAAUAAAUUAUGAAAUGGG